AAUGGCCUGAGGAAGUGCGAUCAACAGGCGCCGCCCACCGAUCAAAUCCGCAUUCGGUGCGUUGGCCACGCACGAGAUGAUCAAGCCGAAUCCUCGCAAGGGCGUGGUGUUCUGCGUCGCGACCAACUUGAUAUGGUCUGUGUGCCCUAUCUACUGGAAGCAGCUCCUCCAUGUGCCAUACCUUCAGCUGCUCUGCCAUCGCAUCGUAUGGGCGCUGCCAACGCUCUUGGUCUACCUCACGAUAUCCGGGCAAAUCUACGUGUUUGCAAGCAACGUCCGCAUCUGGAAAGUCGUGCUGCGGUACGCUGGAUCGGGCAUCCUACUUGGGGCGACUCUGUUUCUCACCGUGUGGGCCGUCAACUCGGGCCACAUUGUUGAAAUGAGCCUCGCCUUCUUCAUCAACCCGCUCAUGAACGUCCUCUUGGGGGUUGCGUUCCUCCGAGAAAAGCUGCGGCGCUACCAGUGGGUCGCAGUCGCCCUUGCCACGACUGGCGUGCUUAUCAUCGCGAUCUCGUACGGACAAGUUCCGUGGAUCGCGCUCAUCAUUGCGCUCAUCUUCGGCGUGUACGGCCUUGUCAAGAAGAUCGCGCCGCUGGAUCCUGUCCAUGGCGUCACGAUCGAGCUGACGCUCCUAAGUGUUCCGUCCAUGGUAUACCUGGCCACGUGCGACAACGUAUUCGCCCACAAUAGUGCCACGACCGACUUGCUUCUCGUGGGCGCUGGGAUUUUCCCGACAGCCAUCCCGUACGUGCUCUUUUCAGCGUCAGCCCAGCACAUUUCGAUGACGCUGCUCGGGAUCUUGCAGUACAUUCAACCGAUCGGCCACUUUUUCAUCGGCGUGUUCAUGUACGACGAACCGUUUUCCACUGUCAAGCUCAUUGGGUUUCUUAUUGUGUGGGCCGCGCUGGUCGUGUUCACGGUCGAGGGUGUUGUCCGCCAUCGACAAAACAAGUCACUCCCUCCCCUUGCUCCCACGGAAGGCAUGGCGCACAUCGAGGUGCUGACGCCACAGUCGUGUCCCACAUCUCCAAACAAUGAAACAUCAGUCUAAUGACCUGUUCUGCAUCG